UAGAGAGGUGGAACCAAGGAUUGAGGCAGACUUUUGUGCGGUUUGUUUAGCAUUGAAGUUGGUUUUGAGCAUUUUCAGAUUUGCUAAUUUCUUUAAUUUGUAAUAGCUUGCAAAUAGCUUUUUCUUUGCAUGGAUCAAUGCUUAGGCUAUUUUUUAAUAGCUAGCGAAAGUAGGAGGUGAACCAGCCAGUCUGAGCUCCAGGGAAAGCUAGUUCACCGCUGAGGAGCAAGCCAGAGCAAUGUCCUUGGCUGGGGUAAGCUGUCUGGUGACAGGAGCAGGAGGAUUUCUUGGCCAGAGGAUUGUCCGCUUGCUGUUGGAAGAAGAGGAGGCGCUGGCUGAGAUCCGACUGCUGGACAAAGCCUUUAGCAAUGAAGCACUCGAGAGGUUUGGAAAGUUCCAGGGUAAGACUGAGGUGAAAAUCCUGGAAGGGGACAUCCGAGAUGUGAUGUUCCUGCACCGUGCCUGUCAGGGGGUCUCCCUUGUCAUCCACACGGCUUCCAUCAUUGACACCUUGGGCCUCAUAGAGAAACAGCUGCUCUGGGAAGUCAAUGUAACAGGUACUCGGCUGCUGCUGGAGGCGUGUGUCCGCUGUAACGUCCAGCACUUCAUAUACACGAGUACUAUAGAAGUGACAGGCCCAAACAGUAGAGGUGACCCAAUUUUCAAUGGUGAUGAAGAUACAGCUUACGAGAGUGAAUCAAAAUUUCCUUAUGCUCAGAGUAAGCGGCUGGCAGAGGAUUCUGUGCUGAAAGCAGAUGGCCAAGUGUUAAAGGAUGGUGGCACACUGAUGACCUGUGCCCUGAGAUCCAUGUACAUUUUUGGAGAAGGAUGCCCAUUUCUCCUAGGCCAUCUGGAUAAGUGUCUGUUGAACAAAAAUGUCUACCUGCGCUUCUCCAGGAAAGAGGCUCUGGUGAACCCCGUGUAUGUGGGGAACAUUGCCUGGGCACAUGUGCAGGCAGCCAAAGCUCUGCAGGUCCCACAGAAAGCCAAGCACAUCAGGGGGCAGUUCUACUACGUCUCAGAUGACACUCCUCAUAUGAGCUAUGCAGAUUUAAAUUAUGAGCUGACCAAGGACCUGGGGUUUGGAAUUGAGCCCCAGCUCCCCAUGCCUCUGACAAUGUUGUAUUACUUCUCGCUCCUGCUGGAGUUGGUGAGCUUCUUGCUCAGGCCCUUUGUCAGAUACAUCCCCUCCACCAACCGCCACCUGGUCACUCUACUGAACACCCCAUUCACCUUCUCUUAUAGAAAGGCACAGAAGGAUUUUGGCUACACGCCUCGCUACACCUGGGAAGAGGCCAGUCAGUGCACUGGUCAAUGGAUUGCCUCCAUGGUCCCACAGAGAAGGCAGUACCUGAAAAUCAAGGCUGCCUGAGUCUUAGCAGGAGAUGGGACCUGGCUAAACAAGUAGGGCCAGGAGCCAGAAGAGAGCUGGGUGAACAGCAGCAGCAGACAACUACAAAGCAUUUAAACGAAGACUUUGUGCAGGAGACCCCUCACCACCCCCUGCCCCCUCCCAACCCAGAAUAAAUAGAAGCAAAAUGUUGAGUACAGGCUGAUCAGAGUAGCAUUACCAUAUAGUCCACAUCCAGCUUGUGCAGCACAGAGACACUAUUUUAGUAAGACUCCACACACUCACAUGGUGUGAACACAUCAGCCCUUCUUUUCACUCCACACCACCUUUAAGGCUUUUGUAAAGCUCAGAUCAUCCUAGAACUACAAUUAUACUUUAGAAAUAUGUGCUACUCAGCUAUACUCCACUCGCUCAGCUCCUGCCAGCCCUACCAAACACGCAGCAGGUAGAAGCCACCUGAUUGCAAAAGCUAUUACAAAUCUUGCUCACUUUUGGAAGAGCAUUGUCCAGUUUCAUGUGCCAUUUAUCAUACAGUCAAACUUGAGAGCACAUUUGGGCACUGUGAGCCUUGUGAGGCCAAAAGUACAAUGUAAGUGCAACACAUUUUUAGUUGGGACACUGUGUGGAGGGAGAGAAGGGGGAGACUUCCUCAUCCAUUCUCAUUUUCCUGGUUAGCAAUUUUGCAAUAAAUCUGAUAGCUGCCCAGCAGAACAAGUUUUAACAAGAUGAAAAGAAAAACAAUAUUGCAGGACAGUCUUGGUCACUGAAGGGUUUCCAUUACAGAGCCAAGACAUUUGUGAAAACUGAGAAAAAACAAGCAGCGCUGAAAAAAAUUACACUGUUUCCAGGUUUCAGCUGGGAACAAAGGCUAACUUUAGGUGAUAGAUGCAAAUGUGUUGUCUCUGUGCUUUUCUGCUGGCCAUAUGAGUUUCUGCAGAAUGCAUAACUUGACUUUUGGGCCAAAACGUAGAACCUGUCUGAACAAAUAGAUGUGAUCCAAUGUUUGCUUCUCAAACAUACAGCUCAGGUGCUGAUGACAGCUCUAAAAGACAGGUCUGUUCUGUUCAUGAUGGUGUUAACAGAAACGUUUCACCUGACUCAGUACUAAUGUAAAUAAAUCACAUUUUCAGAGAUACUGGCAGCUUGAA